AUGUCGAUCCAUUCGCUUUCAGACCCAAAGCCUGCUGAGAUCAAGCUCGAGGUUUACGAUGGAAUCGGAGACAUCUCAUUCAAGCAAGAGGGCCAGGGUGUCGAAUACGAAGAGAACACGGUAGAGGAGAAGAAACUAGUUCGCAAGAUUGAUCUUUUCCUUCUCCCUUGUAUCUGGAUUGUUUAUCUCUUAUCCUACAUGGAUCGAUCCAACCUCGGUAAUGCUAGAGUCGCAGGAAUGGCAGACGACUUGGGACUUACCGAUCGUCGCUACUAUCUCUGCGUCGUGAUCUUCCAAGUUGGCUAUGUUAUAGCGGAGGUUCCUUGUAACAUGAUCCUUUCUAGAUCGAGGCCAUCGAUUUUCAUACCCAUCAUCAUGGUUUUCUGGGGAGCAGUGUGUGCUGUGAUGGGGAGUGCAAGAACAUGGCAACAACUUAUCGGUCUUCGAUUCCUGCUAGGUGUUGCCGAAGCUGGUUUUAGCCCUGCGGUAAUGUUCAUCGUGUCCAGUUGGUACCGCAAAAGCGAGCAAUCGAAACGUUUCAUGGUCUUUCACAGUGCUGGAAUCACAUCCGGUGCAGUGGGAAGCAUCCUCGCGGGAGCAAUAACCUCGGGCAUGGAUGGUCUAAGCGGAAUACAAGGCUGGAGAUGGCUGUACAUCAUCGAAGGAAUAAUUACGGUCGUUGUUGCAUUUGUUGUGCCUUUCGUACUCCUGGAUUACCCGUUGACUUCAAAGAAGCUGUCUCCAGAGGAACGCCAGCUGGCAUACAACCGACUUGUUGCAGACGGAAUCACCAGUCGCAAUGACGAAGAAUUUUCCAUAAGCCACUUUCAAGCCUUGAAGCUUGCAUUUUCGAACUGGAGACUGUAUCCUUUGAUGUGCGGAUACAUGAUCAUUAUCGGAAACAUGACGCUCUCGAACUUUUACCCAACGUUUGUCAUGUAUCUGGGAUAUAACAGGAAGGAUGCACAAUAUAUGACAGCACCACUAUACGGUGUAGCACUCGCCAUUGCUAUCGCACUGUGCGUCAUCGUAGACAAAAUGCCCCGGUACCGUCCUAUCUUCACAAUGGCAGUGCUUCUCAUCUGCGGAACGCUGUUUUGUGGGCUAUCAACAGGUAUUACGGCUCCAGUACCUCGAUACAUAUUUCUCUGCUUCAUAAACACAGCAAUCUGGGCUGGAAACCCAUUGUCGUUGUCUUAUACCAGUACUGUGCUUGGUCCGGUACAACCAGAGGUCAGAGCUAUAUCUUUGGCUUCAAUCAACGGAAUGGCGAAUCUCGCUCAGCUGUAUGCAACCGAAGUCUUCACGGUGUCUAAGCCACCACUAGCUAUCCUGGGAUUUGGGGUGUUUGCUGGGCUGUUCGCUGUUGGUGCUGUUAUAUAUUUGGCGGCGUUCUUCGUUUACCAGAGAUAUCCGUAUAAGCCUGCUAAGGCAGCGUAGGCAGUUUCGUACGCUCAACGUAGGAACCUACUGACUGGCGUCUCAUUUUGUGAACACGCAUUUGAUAGAACUGG